GCAUUGUGGUAAGCUAGGUGCCGUUUGCUAGCUUGGAAGAGGCAGCUUGUGUUGUCAUAACACCACGUGAAGCUAAGUACUGAUGACAGGACGUUUUUAGUUAUUCGUACACCUCACGGUUCUAAUGCGGAAUAUCAGACAUGCUUUUAGCCGUGUAUUUUGUUUUAUUCUGGAGUUUAGGGGCUAGCUUUUCAGAAGUCGACCAAUCAUGUUAAGUUGGGUUAUCUAUCAAGGUGUCCAGCGGGACGGUUGAGCGCUGCUAAAUAGGGGAUUUAGUGGAGGAUUUCACUAAUAUAAUUAUACUACAUGUUUGUCUCGGGCUAUUUCUGUGAGCUGUAGUGACCAUUUGACCCCAAAUCUCUGUGUUAGUUCUAAUAUUAGUUAUAAAAUGAAAAAUGAGUGAUGCACUGUGCUGAAUGACCUGAACGAUUGCAACUUCCUGGCUUGUCCUCAUUAGGGUCAUGGAUGGGCUGGAGCCUAUCCCAGCUGACUUUGGCAGCCAGUGGUUGCUUUCACGCUGGGAUUUCAUUGUUGCCGCACAGAGGCGGUGUCGAAUCAGGAGCGGACUGCUAUUGUGAGAAAAUGAGUACCAUUCCCCUGUCACGCUCUGAGGUGUUUGGGGAGCUGAGAAAGGAGCUGCUUGACGAUCAAGAGUUCCGACAUUCCGAUGCUCAUAUAUUUAUCAUCAUGGGGGCUUCGGGAGAUCUGGCCAAAAAGAAAAUCUACCCAACUCUGUGGUGGCUGUUCAGAGACGGCCUCCUCCCAGAGAAGACCUUUUUCAUUGGCUUUGCUCGCUCUGACCUGACUGUUGAUGCAAUUCGGACUUCCUGCAUGCCAUAUCUUAAGGUGGCAGACACCGAAGCAGAUCGGUUGUCAGUCUUCUUCAGCAGGAACUCGUACAUAAGUGGAAAAUAUGGAGAUGAAGAUUCCUUCUCCAACCUGAACAAACACAUUCUGACUCUGCCCGGAGGACCCGAGGCAAACCGUCUCUUCUACCUGGCCCUGCCACCCACUGUCUACCACAGUGUCACCAAGAACAUAAAGCACCAGUGCAUGAGUGAAAAAGGCUGGACCAGAGUGAUUGUAGAGAAGCCAUUUGGACGGGACCUUCAGAGCUCCGAGGAGCUGUCUGCUCACCUCUCUUCCCUCUUCACUGAAGACCAGAUCUAUCGUAUUGAUCACUACCUUGGCAAAGAAAUGGUGCAGAACCUUAUGGUGCUCAGGUUUGGAAACCGCAUUUUUGGACCAAUCUGGAACAGGGACAGCGUGGCAUGUGUGGUCCUCACAUUUAAAGAACCCUUUGGCACUCAGGGAAGAGGAGGAUACUUUGAUGACUUUGGAAUCAUCCGAGAUGUCAUGCAGAACCAUUUGCUCCAGCUGCUGUGUCUGGUUGCCAUGGAGAAACCGGCCUCCACCAGCUCUGAUGAUGUCAGGGAUGAAAAGGUCAAAGUGCUGAAAUGCAUCAAUCCAGUGUUAAUGUCAGAUGUGGUGCUGGGUCAGUAUGUGGGAGACCCAGAGGGCGAAGGAGAUGCCAAAUCAGGCUACCUUGAUGAUCCUACGGUUCCUAAAGGAUCUACUCAGUCUACAUUUGCUACGGCUGUGCUCUACGUGCACAAUGAGCGCUGGGAUGGCGUUCCUUUCAUCCUUCGCUGCGGAAAAGCUCUAAACGAGAGGAAGGCCGAGGUGCGGCUGCAAUUCACAGACGUCCCGGGGGACAUUUUUGGAAAUCAGUGUCACCGUAAUGAGCUGGUGGUUCGUGUACAACCCAACGAAGCCGUUUAUGCCAAGAUGAUGAGCAAGAAACCCGGUGUGUACUUCUGCCCCGAGGAAACCGAGCUGGACCUCACCUACAAGAGCAGAUAUAAGGAUGUGAAGCUUCCAGACGCUUAUGAACGGCUCAUUUUGGAUGUCUUCUGUGGGAGUCAGAUGCACUUUGUACGCAGUGAUGAACUAAAGGAAGCCUGGAGGAUCUUCACACCUCUCCUUCACCAGAUAGACAGAGAGAAGCCUCAACCUAUUCCUUACAAAUAUGGAAGUCGGGGCCCAGCAGAAGCAGAUGACCUUGUAAAGAGGGUUGGAUUCCGCUAUGAAGGCACUUACAAAUGGGUGAACCCCAACAAGCUUUGAGUUGUAGUGAGCCGAGGGAGCGAUAUAUAUAGGUAGGUAGAAUGGUUGGUGGGGUGCAGCAGGGUGAGCCACGUGAACUGUUUGGCUCCUGUGAUUUUUUUUCUCAGGUAAAGAGGUUAUUUCUCUGCGUUACAUCAUCCGAUGUUCAAAAGACUGUCAAAUUCAACCAAGCUGAGUCUAUCCCACUAUGUGGUUGCUUAUAAUUUUUUAUAUUUAAUUAAUUUGUGGGACCCUGUCAGUUUUCAUUAGAGAAAAUUAAUCGAAUAAUAUUUUCUGGCAAAAAAUGUUUAACGAAGCUUCACAUGCUCAUGUGAUUGCCGGUUUUGUGGCACUCAGCAGAGGCAAAUGCUGUACCAAAGAUGGUAAGUGAACACAGCAGUGAUUAACACAAGAUUGAUUGUACACAACCAAACAUUACUAUUGUGAUUGUAAUACCCCGAGGCUUUGACUGUAAUGUAUUGAACAUAAUUAGUGGAGCUUGCUUACUUUUUUUUUUUUUUUGCCUUCCCUUUGCGGGACCAACAAUAUUGUAGCUGUUGUAAAUAAACAGACACUUUAGUAUAUGAAGGAUAAGGCAGGCAGUUGCUUUUCAUAGCAUUUGUAUUGGAAUAUAGUCUUAAGUGUCCUCAAGGAUGUGAAAACGGGCACUGUCUCUUUAUGUGACCUUCCUCUGUUGUUGUUGACAUUGUCACAGGCUUACUAUUCAAGUUGCUGGAAUUCAUUCCAUAUUUGAGAAAUAGAAACACAUAGCAGGUCUAAACAUGUCGGCACUGAAUGUCUUUGCAAUGACCAAUUGUAUGAUGUUGUUACCCGUAUAUGUUCACGUAACGCUAGCAAUACUACUCGCAUAUAAUAAACCACUUACACUUCUU